GGUAGAGGGUGGGGAAAAAAAGGGGGAGCAAAAGCAGGAGGCUUGGAAAGGGAGCGCCCGGGCAGCACUGCAACAGCUGCAGCGGGAGGAAAGCGAGAGGGAGCAAAGGAAGGAAGGAGGAGGUUGCAGAAUUGCUGCAAGAGGAAGCUUUUUUUUUUUCACGCAGGAUUUCUUUGUGCCCUGAAGAAGGUCGCAGCGUGGAACCUGCCUUUUCUCCCUUGCCCGCUGAUGCUCAGCAAUCUGCUCCCAUGCAGGAGGCAUGCUUGGGAAUAGUGUGAAAGGCAGGGAAGGAGAUUUAAAGAUGGAUAGCUCCAAAGCUUACACCCAAGCAGAUGGCAAAGGACUCGGCUACGGAGCCAAGAGGGCCAAAUCUGGGGUGCCUCAGAGUACCCAACGCGGUGAACUCAAGGUUUACCGGGCAGGGAGCUCUGAGGGCAGGUUGCCGGUGGCGUCCAGCCUUCGCAAGCAGAGGUCCAUGACCAACCUGGCCGUUCUCACAGAUGCCGAGAAGAAGUUGCACCUGUACGAGCCCAAAUGGUGCGAUGACAUGGCCAAGCCCGGGGUGGGCGGUCCGAGGAAGACGGGCAAGCCGGUGGGCAGGGUGCCAGGCGGCGGUGCCCCACUUUCCCGUAACCUCUCCAAGUCAGAGCACUCUCUCUUCCAAGGAAAACCCAAGCCCUUCGCCCCUUUGGCAGCUCCCUCAGCUCCCAGCAAGCAAAGCCGUAUCCCUCGUGCUCCGUACGCAGAAGUGAAGCCCCUGAGCAAGGCCCCGGAGGAUGGAAGGUCAGAUGAUGAGAUCCUUUCCAGCAAGGCCAAGACUACUGCCAAGAAGCCAGGAGCUGGAGGGGACUCUGGCUCUAAGGGUCAGGGGGAAGAAGGUGGGGAUAAACCCUUCCUGAAGGUGGACCCUGAGCUUGUAGUGACGGUACUGGGUGACUUGGAGCAGCUGCUCUUCAGCCAGAUGUUAGAUCCCGAAUCCCAAAGGAAGCGCACUGUUCAGAAUGUCCUUGACCUCCGCCAGAAUUUGGAGGACACCAUGUCAAGUCUGCGAGGCUCUCAACUCAGCCACAGCUGCGUGGACAGCAGCAACGUGGGCUACGACAGCGAUGACACCAAUGCCCGAAGCAUGUCCAGCCUGUCCAACCGCUCCUCUCCGCUGUCUUGGCGCCACGGGCAAGCCAGCCCACGCCUCCAGGCCGGCGACGCCCCGUCUUCCGUGUCCGGUGGGUACCAGGGGGCCAAGUCCCAAUACGUUGCCCAAACCAUGCCGGCUCGCUGCUCUGGCAGCCUGAGCGGGACGUCGCGUAUGGAUCUGCUGGACGACGGCGACCUCAAGUCUGGUUACCUGAGUGACAGCGACCUGCUGGGGAAGAGUCUUCCGGAUGAUGAUGACAACCUCACUAAUGGAUGGGAUGAAAGCAGCUCCAUCAGCAGCGGGCUCAGUGACUGUGACGGCGAGGUGUCGGACAAUAUCAGCUCUGAGGAGUUCAAUGCCAGCCCCUCCCUUAACUCGCUUCCCAACACACCGCUGGGAUCCAGACGCAACUCCUCAGUCAUGCUUCGCACCGACGCUGAGAAGCGCUCCCUGGUGGAAAGCGGACUUUCCUGGUACAGCGAGGAUGGCAAGGCAGGCCGCAAGUUGGACGCCUGCGGGUACGACACGGGCAGUCUGAAGACUGAGGCGCCGAGCAAGUGGAGGAAGAAGCCGCCCGGUCUGAGCGAAGAACUGAGCUUCAAGGGGGAAGCGAGAAAGCCUCAGAGUUUGGUUGCGCCGGGGAGCUUUAAGAAGAGUCGGAAUCCUCCGGUGGGGGUCACCUCUCCCAUCACUCAUACGUCGCAGAGCAUGCUGAAAGUGGCAGCGCCAAAAAGUGACAGGCCUCAGGACAAAUCCAAGAUUUCCAUCAAAACGACCGGUCUCCAACGGUCACGUUCCGACGCCGGCCGGGAUCAUCACAUGGAGCCCCGAAAGCCCCCCUCUGGUUUAGUCAAACCCACGACUGGAGCCUCUUUUGGAUUCAAGAGAACGCCUGCUGCCACAGGGACUGCUACUGUCCUGACAGCAGGGGGUGCCACAAUCUCCGGCGGUUCCGCCACUUUGGGAAAAACUCCCAAGUCCUCAGGCAUGGCAAUGAAGCCGGUGGGGUCAGGAGUGCCUUCUGCCCGCAAGAACAGCUUUGACGCCAGCGGUGAGUCCGGCUUUCUGGGGCCCAACGCUCGGAACAGCAUCCAGUACCGCAGCCUGCCUCGACCGGCCAAGUCCAGUGCGCUCAGCGUCAUCGGUCGCCCCGCGUCCCGACCUGUCAGCGGUACUCUAGACCCCAAUCUGCUGACCCUGAAGCCUGUCAGCGUGGCCUCGGCAAGCCCGAGAUUGAAAGAACCGGGCACUUUUGGCGGCAAAAUGUCUAAUCGGUCCAUCGUAGCCCCGGUGAACCAGACUGACCGGGAGAAGGAAAAGGCCAGGGCUAAAGCUGUAUGCGCCGACAUGGAUAUAGACUGCGCUUCCCUGAAAGGGGAUCAGCUUCAGUCAGAGUCUUCGCGAGAGUCCGUGGUAAAACUGCACGGCCUGAGACGGACUAGCAGCAGCAAAUAUCCUGAACUGUCAUCGCCCACCACUCCCAGGAUGUUAGCCAAGUCACUGGGUCGUCCACCCAGUUUGGCUCACCUGGACAAGGUCAACUCCAACAGCCUGGACUCCUGUGUGACCAUUCAGGACCUUCCUCCCAAAGUCCCGCCUUUCUCCAAGCUCCAGGACCUGGCAUCUUCUCACUCUGCAGCCCGUCUGACCCCCAGUCCGGCGCCCGUGCUGCAUAUCGACUCUCCCGGCUCGUAUGCCGGUGACAGCCUUGGAGGCUCGCCCCUGUUGUAUCCGAAACUGUCAACUAUGCACCGCAGCAUGGAGUCGCUCCCCCUGCAGAUGAGUGUGCCCUCUCGAACCAGGUUUAGUUCCAAAGAGUCGCAGGAAAAGGAGAGGGGCACGGGAACGUGGGGUGCUGGGAGCAGGACGUCCCUCAACCUUACUGAAGGAUUGCAGACGGAAAGGAACACCUUGCCAAAGAAAGGCUUAGAACGCUGCAGCUCGAGCCUUUCAGAAAGCGACGGCAUGAAAGCGGGUCGCCGCCACUCGCACAACUCUGCGUCGGAGCGUGACAGCCCGCCGCAGCUUCCGUCGCCCACCCGCUCGCUCCACCUCCUGUCCACCAACAAAGUUCCUCUCACCAACGUGGUUGCCCCAAUUUCUUCUUCGGGCACCCCGAGGAUAUCGCGUUCAAACAGCAUCGGACCCCCUGGUGACUGUGAGCUCUACGGUUCCUCCCCGCUGGGCAGCACCAUGUCACUGGUGGAGCGGCCUAAAAGCAUGAUGCGCUCUGGUUCUUUCCGUGAACCGACUGAAGACGUGCACGGCUCUGUGCUCUCUUUAGCCUCCAGUGCUUCAUCCAACUACUCCUCCUCAAAUGAGGACAGGAUACAAGGGGAGCAAAUCCGCAAACUGCGCCGCGAGCUGGAAUCCUCCCAAGAAAAAGUCGCUGACUUGACCAUGCAGCUGUCCGCCAACUUAGGCCAGGCCAACUUGGUUGCCGCUUUCGAGCAGAGCCUAGCGCUGAUGACGGCUCGCCUGCAGACGUUGUCUGACUCCUCUGAACAGAAGGACUCCGAGCUGAACGACUUGAGGGACACCAUUGAAAUUCUGAAAACUAAAAAUGCCGAAGCCCAUGACAUCAUUCAGGGUGCUCUCAAUAGUUCCGAAAUCGUGUCCAAAGAACUGCAGAUAAAUCGUCAGAACUCAUCUGAAAGCCUCUCCAGCCUCGCUAGCAACAUGAGCCACUCAAGCAUGGGUAGUCUCAAGGAACAGGAGGCCAAGAAGAAGAAGAAGAAGAGCUGGUUACGCAGCUCAUUUAAUAAAGCCUUCAGCAAGAAAGGCACAAAGCCGGCAGGGCCUUACGCGGACAUCGAGGAAAUCGCCACUCCGGAGUCGUCGGCUCCACCGUCACCCAAAGUCCACCAAGAUGGGACAAACCCAUCGCCGUCUUCCAUAAAAGCCUCAGCCUCAUCUUCGUCAUCGGGGAUCUGCGAGGGGAGCAAGGGUGAUGACGACAAGGUUGUGUCAGAACUGCGCUCAGAACUCUGGGAAAAGGAACGGAAACUUACCGACAUCCGACUGGAGGCUUUAAACUCCGCCCAUCAACUGGAUCAGCUGCAGGAAACCAUGACCAACAUGCAGAGGACAGUGGACAGUCUCAAGGUGGAGAACGACCAACUCAAGACAAGUGGCUUGUCCCCCUGUCAAUCUCCCGGACCCUCCAGCUCAGUUUCCCAGUCCUCAGGUCUCUCUAAUCUCACCAAUUUAUCACCGCGUCAUUCUGUGGCAAUUCGGGAGGCCAGAAGAACAAGCACAGAUUCCACGGAUUACUUCAGCCUCUCCUCUCAGCGAGAUGACCACCGUGUCAGGGUGGUUGUUUGCGUGGCAGAUUUGCACGUCUUCAAAGAUGAGGUCAAGCAGCAAGACUUUUUCGUCGGGACAGUUAGGGUGAACGGCAGGAUGGACUGGCCUAUGCUAGACUCUGCCGUCAGCCAGGCCUUCAAGGUUUACAUCGCCAAGGUGGACCCCACCUCCAGUCUUGGUCUGUCAACAGACUCCAUCUACAGCUACAGCAUGGGUCACAUCAAGAGGGUUCUGGGAGGAGAGGCACCAGAGACUCAGCCUUCUCGUUGCAUGUCCCGAGGGCCCACCAGCAUCACCGUUGCCCUUAAAGGUCUAAAGGAAAAGUGUGUGGACAGCCUGGUGUUCGAGACCCUCAUACCCAAACCCAUGAUGCAGCACUACAUCAGCUUGCUGCUCAAACACCGCAGACUCAUCCUAUCAGGACCCAGCGGAACAGGCAAAACCCACUUAGCUUCGCGGCUUGCCGAGUACUUGGUGGACCGCAGUGCCCGUGAAGUCUCCGACGGCAUUGCGGUGACCUUCAACAUGCAUCGUCAGUCAUGCAAAGAUCUGCAACUGUAUCUUUCCAACUUGGCGAAUAAAAUCGACAGAGAAACCAGUUCUUCGGAAAACCCUCUGGUCAUUAUCGUGGACGAUAUUCAUGACCCGGCUGCCGUCAGCGAACUAAUCAAUGGAGCUCUGACAUGCAAAUAUCACAAAUGUCCGUACAUCAUCGGAACAAGCAAUCAGCCAGUGAAGAUGACGGCAAACCACAGCCUGCACCUCAGCUUUAGAAUGGUGACUUUCUCCAACAAUGUGGAGCCAGCCAAUGGCUUCCUGAUGCGCUACUUGCACAGGAAGCUGAUGGAAUCCGAAGACGAGCGGAACCUGACGAACGAGGACCUGGUCCGGGUGCUUGAUUGGGUCCCCAAACUGUGGUAUCACCUGCACACCUUCCUGGAAAAGCACAGCACGUCAGACUUUCUCAUAGGUCCAUGCUUUUUCUUGUCCUGUCCGGUCACGGUGGACGAGUUCCGCUCAUGGUUCAUUGACCUUUGGAACCAUUCUAUCAUUCCUUACUUGCAAGAGGGAGCCAAAGAUGGCAUCAAGUUUCACGGCCAGAAAGCGGUCUGGGAAGACCCCGUGGAGUGGGUGAGGGGCACGCUGCCUUGGCCUUCCGCCCAGCAGGACCAAGCCAAGUUGUUUCACCUGCCGCCCCCGAGCAUCGGCUCCUGUAGCCCCGGUCAGGCCGUCGAGGAGAAGUCCCGCAAGGAAACCACACCUAGCUCGGUGGAAUCUGAUCCGUUGAUGGCCAUGCUUUUGAAACUUCAGGAGGCUGCCAAUUACAUAGAAUCCCCGGAAAAAGAUGACCCAAGCCUGCCAAGACUGUGAAGAAGUUCACACUUAAAAAACAAAACAAAACAAACAAACAAACAAACAAAACAUCUCAAAAAGUCAUUGUUACUUGUCUGCUGUAAUGACUGUAUUGUGCAUCCGGGAAUCCUUAGAGGUGAAAAAUGGUUGUAGGGUGAUUUUGAAGUGUCAUUCCUACAAAGGAAAGUUGAACGUGAAAAUCAUACAAUAUUUCUAAAACAGAAUAGAUGGUAUUUUCAAAAAUACAUACACGGGGUCCUCGUUUUACAAGGGAGUUCCAUUCCUAGGGUGGCAAUGUAAGUCGGAAUACAUUGUUGUCAAUCACUUAUGCUAAUUCAAUUAGAAUGAGUAGUACUCAUUAAGUAAUGUCUAACAUUUCAUCCUGAAAUGUUAGCAUCUGCAGAAUCGGCGCUAUCUCAAGUCUACUGCCAAGUGUAGCUUCCGCAGUCUUGAAACGUACAUUAGAUAUGAACUACCAUAAACCGAGAACCCCUUGUAUUUCCACGAUUCACUUCAGGUCCCUUCACCACCUCUUUGCCCUCAGUUCUCUUCUUAGAUUGGUGCUAAUAGUAGAAAAAAAACAUUUCAGGUGAUGUCUGAACCAGCGUACCUAGCGCCACGCGGGGACACAUCGUGCUCGUCCACUGAAGCGGUUCUCAAACACGAAAAAAAAAAAACAUUAAAAAAAGUAUGACAGCACUAGAGUAAAGUUCAUAUCUGCUGUGUCCGUCUCUCGAAGCCAAACGUUCCACAUUAUGCAAUCCCCUGACUGUCCAACAGGAGCAGGUGAAAAAAAGAUGCCUUAAACGACAAAAAACUUCACUGGUGCUUACGUCAGUUUAGCUCCUCCACUAGUUCUCAGUUUUAACUUUACUAACCGGAAAAUGCUGCUGUCAUACUCUUAAAAAAAAAAAAUCCUCUCUCUCCGCAACUCUUCUAGCACUUAUUUAAUUCAGCUGCUUUUUACCUUGAAACUCACAAUAUCACCACAGCUGCCAUGUACAGUAUGCCAGCCAGGUUAAAUUUACUCCACCAGCAGGAGGAGACGGAUGAUAAGUUUGUGUCCACUUUCUUAAACCCGACACAAGGAAUAUUAGUGCCACACAGAAUACAGGUACAUCUUCAUAACUAGAGAAAGCAAUGAAUAGCAGGAUAUAAAACUGAAUUUCUUUUAAAAUUGCAUUGGAGCUAAGGCGGAGCCUAGAGGUACUCCUUAGUGACAUUAUUCUUACGAGGUUUCUCCUUGUGUAGGAUAAUAUAUGCAUUAUAGCCAUAUUGGUUAAGUGUCUCCUGUUUGAGUUGGUAAUUAAAUCUGAAAGUAAAUUGAAAAUUACAUUCAGCCCUAUUUCCCAAUGUUGUCAUCUGUGGUAAGCGAACGAAUUGAGAUAAGCUAACAAAAAUGAACUACUUGUCGAUCAGUGCAGCUUGUUCUGAGUAUAAAGGUAGUCACUGGGUUACGAACGAGCUCCGUUCUUACGCUAGCGACAUAACCAGAAUUUCCGCGCAAGUUGGAAUUAACCCUUUAAAUGCCCCUAAGUUCUCCACAAAUCUCAAAAUAACAAUCCAAAAACAUGUAUUAUACCUCAUUAUAGCGUUCUCACCAAAACGUUGGAGCUAAAUCCUAGCUAGACGGCGAGCUCAGCACCGAAAUGACUAUGUCAGACAGCCGUGUGGUUUGCUGACUUUAUUCAGCUGCUCAUGACAUCAACACUUGCAAAAUGAAACUAAAAUAAAAAUGAAAUGAAAUCAGUUUCAUCUUCAAUAACAGCAAAUUUGUGCUUUUAACUAGCUGCUGAUACAGCAAUAACAAUCCACACACAAGAUUAACAUGUAUCAGUUAGCAUCCGCACAUCAUCAAAAACAAUCAUAUAAACUCACCCUGAGUAUAUGACCACAAUUGAAAAUGUACAAUAAACAGUAGAAAAGGUGUUAUAUACAGGUGUUAUAUAUAGGUGGUCUAUGUGGAUGCUUCACAAGCAACAAUUUUGCGCGUAGGCUUUAUUUUCCCUCUCUCUUGUGACUUCUUCAUGUGAGCAAAUACGUUCUUCGUGUGUACAUGCGCUGUAACUCGCGUGUUAAAGCACUACCAUUUACCCAGCUCUAUGCUUCCUUCGCCAAAAUAAAAGCAGUCGUUGAAAAAGAAAAGUCAUCAUUAUUACAAAAAAAAAAAUUUAAUGACUGGAGACAAAAGUAGCGGACAAGUGUCCGGCGUCGUAAAGUCGAAAUCACAUAAGUCGGAUACGCCGUAACCCAGGGACUACCUGUAUUUAGCUUGCUAGCUAGCUUAAAUAUAGUAACCAUUCAUUUUAUUUCUGUGUGGCUCUAAUACUUGUACCAUACAGCCGAAUGAUCACUCCCAUAUGUGAAACCUGAAAAUGUUGUUCCAAAUCACGCCUGUAGGUGCGUAUGAUUGUAACGGUCACAAAAGAAGAAAUUCAAUAUGUAGCAAAGUAAGCAAGAAAGACAGCCAAUGAGAAUGACUUUAAAGCUACCUACACCCACUUCAUCGUCCAAUCAUUGAAUUUCACUCGGAGAAUCUUAAAAAAAUGAAGGAAACCAUGUUGAGUAGUAUUGACAUUUAGGUACGUUUGGUGCUUUUAACGUUUUUGCUGUCAAGGAUCAUGCAAUGAUUAAGGGUAGGUUGGCCAGAUUGUUCAUGUUCCUAAAAUUUUUGGAUUAACUUUUUUUAUAGACAAGUGGCGUCACGUGAGACAUUGUACCAUGUACCUUAUAUGACCAUGUCCUUGUUACGAUAUCUGCGAAUGGCUUAAGAGUCAGAAUGAUUGAACGCUGUUUAAGGUGCUUCAUGUAUUUAUUUUUUUUUGUGUGCAUAAAAUAUAGAUUGUCCCUAAAAGAGACUGUAUUAUGCAAAGCAGGGUACACUCAUAAGUAACCAAGUGUUUUUUAGUACUAAGCAUGGACGUAACAUUGGUUGGUGAACCAAUGAGUCAAUUGCAAAGAGCGUGACGCAAAAAUAUUUUUAGGGAAGUCAUUUGGUUAAAAAGAAUUGUUUUCAUUAACUCAUUGGCUGCCAUUGACAAGAAUAGACGCCCAAUCCAUUUUUACUAGGACAGCUAGCAGCCAGUGAAUGAGUUAAAAUAUUGACAAUUAGCAAGAAAAUUGUCAAAAAUGUCAAAAUUGUGUUGUAUUUUUUUUUUUACAUGACAUGCAACUGUGAUUAAAA